AUGGAGGCAUCUAUCACGACUACAACGAGCACAAAGCCCCCAAAUGUAACAAUAUUAAUAUCAAAGGAAAAGAUCAUCUCGAGACAGAGACUGAGGAAGUAUUCCUGGCUGCCAGAUGUACUGAGAGUGAAGGGCAGCAUCGUCCCGCGUAUCAUUGGGCCCGUUCUGACCGUCACGAUCUUUGCGAGCCUUGCUGCAUAUCUGUGGGACCGUGGCACGGACGUGGCGCUUACGAACCAGGUGGUGCCGCUCUUGUCUGUGGUGGUUGGCUUGAUCUUAGUGUUCAGGAAUGGCACGUCUUAUGAUCGUUAUUACGAGGGCCGUAAGGACUUCGCGUCUAUGGUCUCUCAUAUUCGCAGCUUCUCGCGGCUUAUCUGGGUGAACAUAGCCGUCCCGCCCGCAGACGACAGCUCCAAGGGCAAAGGUCCACAGGCGCAACUGACCACGGCCCAGCUCCGACGACGCAAAGUCGACGCGCUCCGUCUAUGCAUCGCGUUUUCAUACGCGGUAAAGCACUACCUGCGCGGCGAGGAUGGGCUCGGCUGGGAGGACUACGCGGGCGUCAUCCCUGCUUCGGUUGUGCGCCUUGCGCAGAGCGGAGGCAGCUCGCGUCGGACGUCGGCGUAUGUGUCGUACGGUGCGAGUGGCGCGACCUCGCCGACGGAGAGUGAAAGCGGGCGGGAGCAGAGCCCGGCGAGAAUCCUCGAAGUAGACGCGACGAAGAGGGUGAGGGUGAAGAGGAGCAAGGAUAAGUUGAGGCAGCCCGGACAGAAGACGUCGAAGACGCCGUUGUUGAGCGCCCUGCAUCAGACGAUUGACUUCAACGAGCAUCCGGAGCAGCUGUCGACGCCCCUGCCCUUGAUCAUUGCACACGAGCUGUCGCGAGCAAUAUUCUUGUUCAAGCGGGAUGGGUACUUAGAGACUGUUGGCCCUGCAGGUACGAAUGCCCUGAGCGCUCAUGUGCAGGGUAUGGUCGACAUGAUGACGGCGAUGGAGCGCGUGGCGAACACGCCGAUCCCGCGCUCAUACAGCAUCCACCUCAAGCAAUGCGUGACGCUCUACCUAUUCGUGCUCCCGUUCACGCUCAUCAAGGAGCUCGGGUGGGGCAUGGUACCCAUCGUCACCGUCGUCGCAUUCACGCUUAUGGGCAUCGAGGGUAUCGCGGAUGAGAUCGAGAUGCCAUUUGGGUUGGGUAAAUCGGAUUUGCCGCUGGACCGCUAUUGUGAAGACUUGAAAGAAGAGAUUGAGUAUAUUGUUGAGCGGCUGCCGGAGGGAGGACAAGGCAUGUACGGCAUCGAUGAUGGUGAAGGAGAUGACUGA